GCCGUCUACUUUACAUCCGUACAUCACAUCGCUUUCUAUUCGUUCCCGAUUCUCCACGUGCGGCAUCUAGUGUGCCGAGGAACAACCAUCAUGACAACUGCUACCCGCAAGACACACAACAAGACGAGAUUGGGCUGUGCCAAUUGUAAGAAGAGACGAAUCAAGUGCGAUUGCAAACACCCUAUAUGUAGUAACUGUGAAAAGAGAGGGCAUGAUUGCAGUUUCCUUCUUCUAGCUCCCUCUUCACAACUUUCGGUCAAAUCAGUUACAUCUCCCCGCAGGACUGCAUCUCCUGAAAGUUUACAACAGAUCGAUUCAGCUCCGCAUAUAACUUCACCCAGCCUUCGAAGUCCAAGACCGCCUUCCAGUGGGCUUCCGCCCCACCUUCGCUGCGACGAUGUUUGGAGAGAUGCACGUGAGAAACUUUCUCCCAGCCUCCAAGAUCUUCUUUACCAUUUUGAGUACACUACCGCUCUCACAUUGGCAUCUCAGGAUCCCGCCAAGGAAGCCUGGCAAAUUGCGGUUCCUCAGUUAGCAGCACGCCAUGAUUUUCUCACUCACCAUAUUCUCGCCAUUGCGUCGUUGCAUCUGGGCCGUCUUCAUGUGAGAGGCGAUGAGCGGUCUGCUAUGAUGAAUCUAUCUGCCUCUCAAAUGAACAAGGCACUGUCACGCUAUCGUCCCGCAUUGGAGAAUAUUAAUGCGGAGAAUGCAAGUGCACUUUUUGCAGGUGCUACGCUGACCGCUGUUUAUCUGUUCCGCCAGUCGACGGUCGAAAUUGACGAGCUUCGGGCCAGCAUUUCUGUCAAAACCAAGACUUCACAUACCACCGCUGCGGUAUCCAAAAAGAUGCUGGAAUCCAUCCUGCGUACUAUUUAUGGCCUUCGUGGUCCCCUCGCCGUCCUCAUACCAGGUUUCCAGUAUGUGCUGCAAGGACAGAUGGGCCCGGUUCUAGAUCGUAACUGGUGGCCGCACCCUUCGACAUUUCCUUCGACAGAACAAGCAAUUGAUGAAGACCGGCGGCUGGCAAGAAUAGAAGAGCUAUGGACAGAGAGCAAAUCAGAAACGGAGCCCUUCUCCGAAGCUCUUGCGGCUGCGUUAUUAUACCUGCGCGAAGCUUAUGCCCUAGUCUCAGUCCUAGCUCAACCAGACACAGAAUACCCUUCGCACACAUCAAUAUGCUACUCCUAUGAUAGCGAGACUGAAACCAACCUCAAGGAUCGCGGAGCAAUAUUCUUCUGGGCAACAAAAAUACCGAGAGAGUUCCUCGUUUUACUGGAGCAGAAAAACAGAGAUGCACUAGUCAUCGUAGCACACUACGCAGUGCUCCCGGGCCGAGUCAGAAACACGUGGUGGCUAGAGGGGUUGGGUUCUAAUAUGGUGAUAGCUGUGGCUAUGGCAUUAGGACGCGACAACUGGCAUCUGAUAGAAUGGCCAGUGAAGGUCCUUAACGUUGAUCUGGAGAAUGCCUUUACAGCUAAACCCGAUAAACUCGAAGGUAAUCUCGGUGAAGUUCCAAUGGAAAUCAUAUGA